AAUUCCUUGCGAGGAUAACAUUAAACCUGCAUACAAACACUUUCUCCACUCGCAAAACCAAAGACAAGUGACCCCCUAAUUUACCCUUCUGAUCAAAUCUCCUUUGCCCGAGUCGGUACGACUAGAACCAUGGGCACGAUCAGCGGAAACGACGUGGAAGCGGGCUUCGCAAAGCUGCAAGGCGAAGAAUUCGAGUAUUACAUGCAGACAUACUCCAUAAUCCUAGGUCGAAACUCCAAGAAAUCGACGGUGGACGUCGACCUCAACAGCUUAGGAGGCGGCAUGAACAUCUCCCGCCACCACGCGCGCAUCUUUUACGAUUUCACGCGCCGUCGCUUCGCCCUGGAAGUGCUGGGGAAGAAUGGGUGCCUGGUGGAGGGAGUUCUUCAUCUUCCUGGAAACCCCCCGGUGAAAUUAGAUUCUCAAGAUUUGUUGCAAAUCGGAGAUACAGAGUUUUACUUUCUAUUGCCUGUGAGGAGCAUUUUGGGUGGGCCUGUCGGGCCGAGGCAUUAUGUGGGGUCAGUGCUCCCGCAUUACGGUUAUGGGGGGACGGAGGCGGGGAGGAUGGUGGGGUCGGUGGGGGUUACGUCAGCGAAGAAAGGGAGAGGGAGAGAGUAUUAUGAGGAGGAUUAUGAGGAUGAUGAAGAGGGGAGUAGUGGGAAGAAGGUCAGAAGAGAAGGAGGUUUUGAGGGCUACGGUGCUGUUAGUGGUGGCAAGCUUGGAUUGGCUGGAGCAUUGGUUCCCGCAGACAAGAAGGCAGAGGGAAGGUCUAGGGUUGAUCGUGAAUCUGAUAAUCAGCAACUUCUGCAGUUGGAAGAAAAGGAUGUGGUAUCGUCUGUAGCUACUGUUCUUUCUGAUCUUUGUGGCCCUGGAGAAUGGAUGCCUAUGGAGCGACUUUACAAUGAGUUGGUAGAGCAAUAUAGUAGUGUCUGGCAUCACAGUCGAGUGAGGAGAUAUCUAACUGCUGAGGAUUGGCCUGGUCCUGAAUCCAAAGAAAAACCAUGGUAUGGCCUGCUUAUGUUGUUGAGAAAAUAUCCAGAACACUUUGUGAUCAACACAAGGUCCAAGGGUCGGGUAACAUUGGAGUUUGUGUCUCUGGUCUCCCUACUUUCGUAACAUCAAGAAGCAUCAGAGAGCACUUUCCUUACACUGAUUACCAUAGAUGCAAACUUUUCUCUGUGGGGGAAACAUGGCCGAUUGUUGAUUUUGAUAGUACUUGUGUGAAUUGAGAUUGAGUGGCAGGGCAGUCUUAGCACCCCUGCUUGGAAAAAUGUAAACGAGUAGGUUGGAUCUAAGCUUUGAUAUCUUUCAUUUAUGCCAUUUCCUUUUGACGUGCUUUCUUUGUAAAUGGUAUAUUGCUGGUAAUAGAAGUUACAAUCCUCGUUUAGACGAACAUCUGCUUUUCAUUGCGGUAAUUUUUGUUUAUAAACAUAAGGUUC